AUUUGAGUCUCGCCGUUGCAAUCUAGACCUUAUAAUGCUGGUUCUGAGCUGUUCAACCAUUAUCUUAGAGUUCCUUAGACCCGACCGUGGCUUAAGAUCCAGUCGUUGAGUAUUCUUCCAUCUGUAAACGAACUCAACGAGUGUCCCUUGACAGCCCUUACCCAUAUUUCUUCAAUCGAUCUGCUCGUUGCUUCAGUCUCUCGCGAUGUCUAGCCUAACAAUCAAAACGAAUCCCGCGUCGCCAGAAAUUCUGGCGGCAAGAGCGCAAACCAUGAAGAAAGUCGAGGAUAUGUGCCGCUCGCAGAAAGGAUGGCAUGAGUACGACACCCCUGCCGAGUAUCGAGGGUUUGUGAUCGGCUCAGCAAAGUCCUAUGAUAACUACCUCUUGCAUCUCGCAAAAUCGCUUGGUCUUACAGCAGUUUCAGUGGAAUAUCGGCUAGCGCCAGAAAAUCCAUACCCUGCAAGCCAUCGAGAUUGCAUAGAUGCGGCACUGUACGCCCUAUCCCCAGCGGGAGAGAGUAAGCUAGGUGGGCCGCUGCGAAUCCUGGCAGGCGAAUCUGCGGGAGGGAGUCUGGCCGUGGCCGUGGCUCUUGCGCUGCGUGACGAGCAUGGUGUAGACGUACGGUCUAGAAUUUCGGCAUUGCUGCCAAGCUAUGCUAUCUUUGACCUCACGUACACACCGUCUCUUUUGAGUCACACGAGGGAAGCUGUGUUAAGCCAAAACGGCAUGAAAGGGUUUGUGGAAGCAGCAUUUUCUCAUAUACCGCUCGAUCAAAGAAAAGACCCGAAGGUCUCUUCCCUCUACGCGGAUCUGAGGAACUUGCCACCGGCUCUGUUUCUUUCUGGGACGGAAGACGCCUUGGUAGACGAUAGCGUGUUUAUGGCGGCUAAGUGGAACGAAGCUGGAAAUGAAACCGAGGUAUGUCUUAUACCUGGGGCAUGGCACGCCUUUACCCUCAUACCGGCAGGGGAGGUCACGGACGAAGGGCUGGAGGAACUUGUCCGGUUUGGAAAGAAGCAUCUCCAGUUUGGCAAGAAGCAUCUCUAAGGAUGGGACCAUUAUUUCUUAUUCAUUAAAAGAGAGAAGCGAGGAAUGAGUGAUCAGAUUUAGUUUCUAGCACAUGAUUCUGUACAUAAUUCGUGGCCCUACUUGGGAUACUUUAGUUUGUCUUUCAAAGAUUAG